UCCCCUCCCCACCUCCGGCCGACAGAGCGACGAGGCGUCCAUCCUUGGGCCCGCCCCGGCCUCCCGUCCCUUUGUGAGCGCGCCCCGAACCGGACCGGACCGGCCUGAGGGAACGAGAAGAAGGCGGGCGAGGCCCGGCCCGGGUCCCCGCGCCAUCUUGUCAGGGCCCGCCCGCCCCGUCGGACCCCGCUUUGUCGCAGAGCUCGGAGCUCCGGGAGGAGGGGGCGGCGAGGCCCCGGGCCCCCUCCUCCUCCUCCUCUUCAUCCUCCUCAUCCCCCCGGGCGCCGGGGCUGGCGGCACAAGGGUGUCCAUGCAAAAGAGGCUACAUUCAUACAGAUGAACCAAGGGUUGAGGCAGCAGUGUAAACCCAGAUAGUCAGCGGGCUCGCUGCCCCAGCAGGAUGCCAUCAACUAGCCGAGCAGGCAGCCUGAAGGACCCUGAAAUUGCAGAGCUGUUCUUCAAAGAAGAUCCCGAAAAGCUCUUCACAGACCUCCGAGAAAUAGGCCAUGGAAGCUUUGGAGCAGUCUAUUUUGCACGUGAUGUGCGCACCAAUGAAGUGGUGGCCAUCAAGAAGAUGUCUUAUAGUGGAAAACAGUCGAAUGAGAAAUGGCAGGAUAUUAUUAAGGAAGUCAAGUUCCUGCAAAGAAUAAAACAUCCCAACAGUAUAGAAUACAAAGGCUGCUAUUUGCGGGAGCACACAGCAUGGCUUGUAAUGGAAUAUUGUUUAGGAUCAGCCUCUGACUUACUAGAAGUUCACAAAAAGCCAUUACAAGAAGUGGAAAUAGCAGCAAUUACACAUGGUGCUCUCCAGGGAUUAGCCUACUUACAUUCUCACAACAUGAUCCAUAGAGAUAUCAAAGCAGGAAAUAUCCUCCUGACAGAACCAGGCCAGGUGAAACUUGCUGAUUUUGGAUCUGCUUCCAUAGCAUCUCCUGCCAAUUCUUUUGUGGGGACGCCAUAUUGGAUGGCCCCAGAAGUAAUUUUAGCCAUGGAUGAAGGGCAGUAUGAUGGCAAAGUAGAUGUAUGGUCCCUUGGAAUAACAUGUAUUGAGUUAGCGGAAAGGAAGCCUCCUUUGUUUAAUAUGAAUGCAAUGAGUGCCUUAUACCACAUAGCGCAGAAUGAAUCCCCUACACUACAGUCUAAUGAAUGGUCUGAUUAUUUUCGCAACUUCGUAGAUUCUUGCCUCCAGAAAAUUCCUCAAGAUCGGCCAACAUCUGAGGAACUUCUAAAGCACAUGUUUGUUCUCCGGGAGCGUCCUGAAACAGUGUUAAUAGAUCUCAUUCAGAGAACAAAGGAUGCAGUAAGAGAACUAGACAAUCUACAGUAUCGCAAAAUGAAGAAACUCCUUUUCCAAGAGGCACACAAUGGACCUGCAGUGGAAGCACAGGAAGAGGAAGAGGAACAAGAUCAUGGUGUUGGCCGGACAGGAACCGUGAAUAGUGUUGGAAGUAAUCAGUCCAUUCCAAGUAUGUCUAUCAGUGCCAGUAGCCAAAGCAGUAGUGUGAACAGUCUUCCAGAUGCCUCAGAUGACAAGAGUGAGCUAGACAUGAUGGAAGGGGACCACACGGUGAUGUCUAACAGCUCUGUCAUCCAUUUAAAACCGGAGGAAGAAAAUUACAGAGAAGAGGCAGAUCCUAGAACAAGAGCAUCAGAACCACAAUCUCCUCCCCAAGUGUCCCGCCACAAGUCCCAUUAUCGCAAUCGAGAACACUUUGCUACAAUUCGCACAGCAUCACUGGUUACCAGGCAAAUGCAAGAGCACGAGCAAGACUCAGAACUCAGAGAGCAGAUGUCAGGCUAUAAACGCAUGAGGCGGCAGCACCAGAAGCAGCUUAUGGCACUGGAGAAUAAGCUCAAAGCUGAGAUGGAUGAACACCGCCUCAGGUUGGACAAAGAUCUUGAAACACAGCGCAACAACUUUGCUGCAGAAAUGGAGAAGCUAAUUAAGAAACACCAAGCAGCUAUGGAGAAGGAGGCUAAGUUGAUGGCCAAUGAAGAGAAGAAGUUUCAGCAGCAUAUUCAGGCACAACAGAAGAAAGAACUGAACAGCUUUUUGGAGUCUCAGAAGAGAGAAUACAAACUCCGUAAAGAACAGCUUAAGGAGGAACUCAACGAAAACCAGAGCACCCCGAAGAAAGAAAAGCAAGAGUGGCUCUCGAAGCAGAAGGAGAACAUCCAACAUUUCCAAGCAGAAGAGGAAGCCAACCUUCUACGGCGCCAGAGGCAAUACCUGGAGCUGGAAUGCCGUCGCUUCAAGAGACGGAUGCUCCUUGGGCGUCAUAACCUCGAGCAGGACCUUGUCAGGGAGGAGUUGAAUAAAAGGCAGACCCAGAAGGACUUGGAGCAUGCCAUGCUGCUGCGACAGCACGAGUCCAUGCAAGAACUGGAGUUCCGCCACCUCAAUACAAUCCAGAAGAUGCGCUGUGAACUGAUCAGAUUGCAGCACCAAACCGAGCUCACCAACCAGCUGGAGUACAAUAAGCGGCGGGAGCGGGAGCUGAGGCGUAAGCAUGUAAUGGAAGUCCGACAGCAGCCCAAGAGCCUGAAGUCUAAAGAGCUGCAGAUAAAGAAGCAGUUCCAGGAUACGUGUAAAAUCCAAACCAGACAGUACAAAGCGCUGAGAAACCACCUGCUGGAGACGACACCAAAGAGUGAGCACAAAGCUGUUCUGAAGCGGCUCAAGGAGGAGCAGACCCGCAAGCUGGCCAUCCUGGCCGAGCAGUAUGAUCACAGCAUCAAUGAAAUGCUCUCCACCCAAGCUCUGCGUUUGGAUGAGGCACAGGAAGCAGAGUGCCAGGUUUUGAAGAUGCAGCUGCAGCAGGAACUGGAGUUGCUGAAUGCAUAUCAGAGCAAAAUCAAGAUGCAGGCUGAGGCCCAGCAUGACCGAGAGCUCCGGGACCUCGAGCAGAGGGUCUCCCUCCGCAGAGCCCUCCUGGAGCAAAAGAUUGAGGAGGAGAUGUUGGCUUUGCAGAACGAGCGCACGGAGCGGAUCCGGAGUCUGCUAGAGCGUCAAGCCAGAGAAAUUGAAGCUUUUGACUCUGAGAGCAUGAGGCUAGGUUUUAGUAACAUGGUCCUGUCUAAUCUCUCCCCCGAGGCGUUCAGCCACAGCUACCCGGGAGCUUCUGGUUGGUCCCACAAUCCUACUGGGGGACCGGGGCCUCACUGGGGUCAUCCCAUGGGUGGCCCACCGCAGGCCUGGGGCCAUCCGGUGCAAGGUGGCCCCCAGCCAUGGGGUCACCCCUCAGGGCCCAUGCAAGGGGCACCUCGAGGUAGCGCCAUGGGGGUCCGCAACAGCCCCCAGGCUCUGAGGCGGACGGCUUCCGGGGGACGGACAGAGCAGGGCAUGAGCAGGAGCACAAGCGUUACUUCACAAAUAUCCAAUGGUUCACACAUGUCUUAUACAUAACUUAAAAACAAUAAUUGAGCGUGGCAAUUCCACUGGAGCUGUCUGCCAAAAGAAACUGCCUACAGACAUCAUCCCAGCAGCCUCCUCACUUUGGUACUGCAGUGUGGAAGCUGAGUGCACAUGGUAUAUUUUAUUCAUUUUGUCAAGCGUUUCGUUUGUGUUUACUAAUUGGUGGGAUGUCAUAGUAUUUGGCUGCCGGGUUUUUUUAUUUUUCUUCUGGGGAGACUUGGAGAAGUGGGGCCCGGGGUGAGGGAGGUGGGAAGGGAAGGAUGAAGGGGGCUGCAGUAGGAAAGCAAUCUCUUCUGCAUGCGGAGAGAGGAAUUGGCUAGCAGGAACACGAAACAGGCCAAGCGGCCCCUCGAGCGAGCUCGCGUGGCCGGCCCCUCACCUCUACCCCUUGAGCCUCUUGAACCAUAGAGGCUUGUGGCUGCCCUCCUCCCAUCCCUCCCCCCGGGAACUCCCACGACCCCCCCCCAGGUGGGCUGAAACUGAGCUCGCAUGAGGCACGACAGACUCCCCUCCCCACUUUCUUCUCUGGUUAAGUUGGUCCGUCUUUAAGGUCUCGCCUCGAGCAGGGAGGGGGCUGAGGAUCCCGGAAGGUUGGCCGUUUUCAGGUGUGGGAGUGACUUUGCAUGAUGCUUUUCCCCCGAGAGCCGCCUGAGCUUGUCCAUGCCACUGUUCGUCUAAGUGUACUCUCUUUGUGGCACGGAGAUGAAUUUGCUCGUGCAGAUCACACACCCGUUUCAGGGGAAUUGCAUAGGCAAAUCUGUUUGCUUCCAAGGAGGAGGCCGGAAGCCGCUAAGACUCCAGUGGGUUGUCUCUGCUCCUCCGAAAGUCGGCCUCAUGGUUGUGUGCCACAGCAGCAAGGCGAGGAGGCAGGGUGUAUAAAUACCACACUCACGUUGCUCAUACUUUGACAUCUCAUCAUAGCUAAGCACCGGAGGAACUCAGAACACCCUCCCUAAUGUUUUUCCUCUGUUAUUAAAAGACACCAAGCCAAUGCAGAUCCAGUGCCGGAGGUGUUUGAAGGAUGCCAUAAUUUGCAAACUGCCAUCUCUUGGACUUUUCAUUACACUACACAUCCAUCAAUUUGAUUUUCCUCUCACCCUUCACCCCCUCCUUUGGCUUGUUGCAAUUUCCUGUUUACAUGUAGUGUAGCCAAUUGUUUAAAAUGUUUUAGUUGCCAUAGUGUCCCCGGAGUCGCCGAGCCAAUGACUUGACCAACCGCUGACUAACCCCCAUCACCACUGUCGAUUCUGCUGCAUGUGCGGCCCCUUUUUUGCCUUGCUGUUUUGGUUGCUGCGAUAACUUUCUACAGCCUUCUAGUUCAGCGAGACUUUGUGAUGGCUGGCAGCGUGUUCACACCACACCAUAGGAAAACACCACUUCGCGAGGUCUUUAGCCCAGUGUUGCUGUACUACUGAACGGGAACCAGGAAGUCUGGCUUUUUGGUAAUGAAUCAGUAAAUUAUAGUGGUCAGGGAGUCUGUUGACAAAAAUCAAGUGUGUUUGUGUUGGUUUCUUUUUUUCUUUUUUUUUUUUUUUUUGAUGAUGAUGAUGAAGGAUCAACUAAAUGCUGAGAGUCAGAAGCUCCCAUGCCCAACCUUCAGGGUCAGAGAGGGAAGAGUUAAGAACUAGCCAGCCCUACGGAGUUAAAGCCAGUGGGGGUCAGGUUUGGCUGGAGGUAAAGAAGCCCUUUCCUGUCCCCCGAGGCGGGUCAGAGGUCCUGGUACACUGUUCUCCUCCCUUUUCCCCGACUGCCCCCGAGAGAGCAUGGGUGACAAGCUCACUGACAAUUUAGCUGUCCGAUAUCUCCCUCCCUUCCCUGUCCCCAAAGGCAGGCUUUCUGAAGGAAGCCGGGCCAGUGCGAGCUUUGUACUUGAACCUAACUUAAGAAUCGCUAUUGAGAUGAUUGGUUUCCUCAGCCAAAUUAAAGGCCUCUCCCCAGCGACCUGGUGGCAGGCCAGCUUCUCUGGCACCUCCAGACCGAGCGGCGGGCAGAUCUCAGAGAAACCGACCAACCGUUGGCGAAAAAAGAGAGGUGGCACUGCCCCUCGGGCAGGCCAGGAAACUGGCCGCAGGGUGGGGGCUCGUUUGGCAGGUGGCCGGCCCCCGGGGCCUCGGCCUCCCCACCAUCCUAAACCUCGCCAGCUCCCCGGUAAACACCAUGGCUGUUUAUUAUAUCUAUUUAGGGAACAGAUGUCUCGUUUUCCAGCCAUCUUUUAUGCACUAAGAUGUCACGCAGAUGCUUCAGACCUGUCAGGCCACUCAGACUAUGUUUUCCUAGCAGGGUAUGGGCAAGUUUUGAAAUGGGAUCAGAACGGAACACCUCAGUGUGGGUAUGUCCAGAACUUCAGUUGCUAAGAGAAAGGAGAAAAAGGAAGAAAAAAAAAAAAAAACUUUAAAUGAGCACCCUGAACUCCAUGCUCCUUAAAAUUCUGAAUAGUAACACUGGUAUAUUUUAAGCCGCAGUUGUGUUAUUCUUUCACUGCUGUUGUGGACUGAAUUUGGUCAAAGUUUCUGGCUUAAAUUGAAUUACUUCCAUAGAAUUCACUCGGAUCGUAUGUAUUUGUAAGCAUGAUUGAAUGCUGAACCCAAUUGUCUCUCCAUUAGGGCUUUGUAUCCAACCUAAUUGUGUGGUAACCAGUUUUACAUGUAGGUCAUGUGCAGACCUGGAUUAUUCCAUUAAGUUAAUAUUUUAAUUAAAAAAUAUAUAGUUUGCAAAAACUGA